AUGAAGCGAAAAACUUCAUUUGGCACAUUUGUCAUAGUGGCCGAGUUGAAGGCCGGCCAAUAUCGGGAAUACUUCUUCUGUUUCAUUACAGCACUGUACACUGAUGCCGAUAUGAACGAGUACCGCCUGGUGAACAAGCUAUUGGGAACUUACGACAAGCGAAUUCGGCCCUCGCUCAAUGCCUCCCAAGCCCUGAACGUCACGUUUGGUCUCGCCCUCUCGCAGAUCAUAGACGUGGAUGAAAAGAACCAGAUCUUAACUACCAACUGCUGGCUUAACCAAAUGUGGAUAGACUACAGUCUACGAUGGAACCCGGAUGAUUAUGGAGGCAUCAAGGUGGCUCGUAUCCCGUACGACAGUGUAUGGCGCCCCGACAUCUUCCUCUACAAUAACGCUGACGUGUCGACGUAUUUCUCAUCAAUCAGCUCCAAUAUCAUCGUCACAAACGACGGAAACAUUACAUGGCUGUCAAUGGUUAUCUUUAAGAGCUCCUGUUCCAUCAAUGUUAGAUACUUUCCUUUUGACGAGCAAAACUGUUCAAUGCAAUUCGCGUCGUGGACGUACGACGGAUUUCAAGUCAAUCUGGUUCUCAUAACUCAUGAAGGUGACAUUUCAAACUAUAUACAAAAUAGUGAGUGGGAUUUACAAAGACUUUAUGUUUCUCGUAAAGUUGUGUAUUAUUCGUGUUGUACCGAACCCUACCCGGAUAUAACCUUCUACAUCCACAUCCGGCGCCGCCCCUUGUUUUAUAUAUUCAAUAUGGUGAUGCCAUGUAUUCUCAUCACGCUUGUGGCGUUGUUGGGUUUUUACGUACCGUCCGACUCUGGAGAGAAGGUAACCAUGGGAAUAACGACACUCUUGUCGAUGACGGUAUUCAUGAUGUUGGUUGCAGAGAACAUGCCUCCUACGUCCAAUGUCUUACCAUUAUUAGGGAUUUACUAUGGUAUCACAAUUUUCAUUGUAUCUACGGCAACUGGUAUGACAGUGCUUACAUUGAAUAUACACCAUAAGGGCCAUCGAGGACGAGAGGUCCCGAAAACCAUGAAGAAGAUAUUUUUCGGCGUAUUUGCUAAACUGUUUUGUAUGCGUCUUGAGUACAACGAUGUCGACAGAAAGGGGAAAAUAUUUACUCCCACGGAUUACCCUGGUAACAGUACAUCUUAUAUACCAUACAAGAUGAACAGCGAGUCAGAUCACACCCGGCCGACAUACCGACUGACGUCCGAGCCUCCGGACAUGACAAUACACUCCUCUAACAGGAUGUUUCCAGAUCAGCCAGAAUUGUUCCGACAUAAGUGUCGCCUGACAAGUGAAUCUGACCAGACCAGCAGACAGACAUACAGACCUCCUCCCGAUCAGGAUAUUCACCGUCCACCUCUGGGUUAUCAAGGGCUAUCCGAUCAGGCGCCAAAAAAGAACGUGGACAUACAUGCCCACAACGAUGGUAAACAAAGCAACGGGACCAUACCAAACGUACCUCCUAUACCUCCUUUACCGUCGAGACUGUCAAAUCCUUCCGCGCAAUGUAGUUCCGGCAGGCCCACAGCAACAGCCACCAUCGAAUCAUUUGAGACACAUUUUCAUAAAGUGUUACAAAAAGUGUAUCAAACAAUUGAGACAAAUGAAUUGAGGCUUGUCACUCAGGAUCGGAAAGACAUCAUCAAAAUGGAGUGGCAACAAGUGGCGCAGGUUGUGGAUCGCAUUCUUUUGUCAGCGUUUGUCCUGGCCACACUUGUGAUCACAUGCGCUGUUAUGUUUCAAAAACCACCUCCUCCAGAAUGA